AUGCGGCUGGUGCGGCGCAUCCGCGGCGGCGCGGGCGGCACCGGAGCGGGGCACGGGAAGCUGCGGCCGGUGGCGGCCAACGGCGGGCGGGCCCGGCGCAGGCAGCUCGCACGAGAGCAGCCUGGGGGCGAGGGUGGCCACAGGCAGGCGCGGCAGUGCGCGCGCGUGCGGGCGGGAGAGACGGGGCGCGGGGGCGCGACUAUGGGCGCGUUCAGGGGCGCCGGGGCGCGGGUGAGGACGGCGUGCGAGGCCACCGCGGGCGGGCGGCUGUGGGCGCACGCCGGGGGGGGGGGGUGGGGCUGCGGGAGCGCGAGCUCGCGUGCAGCCACGGGCGCGAGGCAACGGCGCGGGCCGCGCGGCGGGGCGAGGGAAGGAGAGGAGGGGCGUGGAGGCCGUGGCCUCACCGGGGGUGUAGGGACGGGGCAGCGGGGCUCGUGGUGGGGGUCGGGGCCGACGCGACGCAGGGGAGGAGGCGAGGCGACUCCGGGCGACGACGAUCCGGGCGGCGGCGGAGAGGUGUAUGCCAUGUAUUUCUGUGAUCUAUUUGGUGACUAG